AUGUUUAUGCUUUUGUUUAUUACAUUAACGCUUUCUAAAUCUUAUGAUUGUGGAACAGAUGUCGAUUGCACAAUGAAUGGCGUAACAUUAAUUGUAAGUGGAAGUGGGAAAAUGAACGAUCAAUUAUAUAUUUGUGAAAAGGAUGGGUUCGAAAAUAUAGAAGAGAUUAUAAUAGAAGAAGGAGUUACAUACAUUGGAGAGGAUUCAUUUUCAAACUGUAAAUUCUUAACAAAAAUUGCUAUUUCCACUUCAGUUACAUCCAUUGGUAAUUCUGCAUUUUAUUCAUGUACGUCAUUAUCAUCUAUUGACAUUAGCAACAACAUCAUUUCUAUUGGUGACUAUGCAUUUGAAUCCUGUACAUCUUUAACAAAAGUUAAUAUUGGAAAUAGUGUUUCAACAAUUGGUGAAUAUGCUUUUUAUAAUUGUGUGUCAUUAACAUCAAUAGAUGUGGACACAUCAAAUCCAUCAUAUUCAUCUCUUGAUGGAGUAUUAUACAAUAAAGACAAGACAUUAUUAAUUCAAUAUCCAAUUGGAAAUUCAAGAACAUCAUAUUCUAUCCCUCCUUCUGUUACAGCAAUUGCCAGUGAUGCAUUUGAUUUAUGUAAAACAUUAAUAACAAUUAAAAUUCCAGAUUCAGUCCCCUUUAUUGAUAUUUCUGCAUUUAACUAUUGUACGUCAUUAACAUCAAUAGAUGUGGACACAUCAAAUCCAUCAUAUUCAUCUCUUGAUGGAGUAUUAUAUAAUAAAGACAAGACAUUAUUAAUUCAAUAUCCAAUUGGAAAUUCAAGAACAUCAUAUUCUAUCCCUCCUUCUGUUACAGUAAUUAGUGAAAGUGCAUUUUCGCAUUGUACAUCAUUAACGUCAAUAAACAUUCCAGAUUCUGUUACUGAAAUUGAUGAUUUUGCAUUUUCACAUUGUACGUCAUUAACAACAAUAAGUAUUCCUAAUUCUGUUACAAUAAUUGGUGAUGGUGCAUUUUCACAUUGUAUGUCAUUAAAAGCAAUAAGUAUUCCUAAUUCUGUAGAAAAUAUUGGGGAUAAUACAUUUUAUUCAUGCACAUCAUUAACAUCAAUUAAUAUCCCUAGUUCUGUUAUAUUCAUUGGUAAAGCAGCAUUUUCUCAUUGUACAUCAUUAACAUCAAUCGAGAUUCCUGGUUCUGUAGCGAAAAUUAGUGAUAAUACAUUUUAUUCAUGCACAUCAUUAACAUCAAUUAAUAUGAGUGAUAAUAUUACAUCUAUUGGGAAUUCUGCAUUUUAUAAUUGUUCAUCAUUAACAUCAAUUACUAUCUCCGACUUUGUCACAUAUAUUGGAGAAAAAGCAUUUGGUGGUUGUCAAUCGUUAUCAUCAAUUGUUAUAGGCAAUUCUGUUGCAUCUAUUAGUGAGUAUAUGUUUUACGAUUGUACGUCAUUAACAGCAAUAAGUAUUCCUAAUUCUGUUACAUAUAUAGGUGAAGGUGCAUUUUCACAUUGUAUAUCAUUAACUUCGAUAAACAUUCCAGAUUCUGUUAUUGAAAUUGAUGAUUUUGCAUUUGAAUCAUGCAUAACAUUAACAUGUGUAUCAUAUAAAGGAACAAAAGAAAUAACAAAUAUAGGGAAAGAAAUAUUUGGAUUUUCAAGUAUAGAUUCAAUACAUGUACCAGACAAUUAUGAAAAGGACACAUUUGCAAAUUAUAAAAUAAUAAAAGAUAAUGAGAUAUGUGAUAAAGAUAACACAGAUGGAGCAGAACCAAAAAUGAUAACGACUAUAAUAGCUUGCUUAUUGGUUCUAAUUAUUUUCUAA